AUGAUCGAACGAUUAAAAACAAGAAAUCAAAAAGAACUAGAUAAAUAUAGAAAAACAGGAAAAAUCUUUUUCUAUCUAAAUAAUCUAUCGAAUUCAUCUAGCGAACAAUCGACAUCCCUAAAACGUCUUUCAAGGUCACAAAAAAGAAAUCGCCUAAAGCAAAUAUUUUUUCCUACUCGUUCACGUGUUAAACUUUAUCAAUCUCAACUAUCAACAAAUAAACAAAUGACUCCACCGUUAAACGAACAAGUUGCCAAACUCAAUCAACGUGCUGUCGAUGUACAAAACGGUAUUGAACAUAGUCUAUCAUCAUUACAUACUCAACGUUUACAAUAUUUGACUGUUUUAAAUGAAAAAACACGAGAUCUUGAAAAGGCGGCCGCAGCUUUUGAAUAUUCCUCAUCGAAACAUCUGCAACAAGAACUUAAUAAAACAAAAACAUUGUCCUAUAUAUUUAAAAUUGCUAUUAUUAUAUGUCUUACUCUAUCUUCAUUGAUGAUUAUCUAUAUGAUUAUUCAACUAACACGAGAGAAAGGAACAGUAUGA